ACACUUUGCAAGUCCGCAAAACGUUGACCCUUAUCUUAUGGCUUGAUGGGUAAAAUCUUUAGGUUGGGAGUAGGUAUAAAAGAUGGAAUCAUUUUUUGGUUUUUCUGGAGUCUUUGGUUGAUGGUCAGCUUGAAUAUGACGAGGUUUUCUUUGAUAUUGACAACAGCUCUGUUGUUCGGUGUUCUCGCGAUGGUAACGGGCAGGUCCGUUGAAAGCGAGAAGCUUUUACCAGGCGAGGAAUUUGAGCUGGAUGCUGGUAUUGGCGCAGGUCAGGACGACGACGACGAUGAGUUUGAGGAAGAAGGCCGUUCCUAUAGCAUGUCCCCAAGUACUAGUGCAUCGAUUGAAUCAAUUUUCAAACAAAUUAUGAACUUGAUGAAGGGCGGAGAUAGCAGUGAUCAACAGACUCUAUUAAUCAUUCCGAUUAACGGUGGUGGAGGCGGUGGUGGUGGAUACUAUGGCGGCGGUGGUGGUGGCGGUGGCGGUGGAGGUGGUGCUAUUUCGGAUGAUAUUGCUGCAGAGGCUAUAGCACAGGCAGUAGUACCUGAAAUUAUCAAUCAAGCAAUUAGUAACGCGAAUACAGACGCAACACGAAGGAGACGACGACGACGCCGCCGUCGCCCAUCAUCAGGUAGCAGCAAUCGGAUCAGAGUUAGCCCAAAUAGAAGGCGUAGACCAAAUAAUGGUCGCCGCGUAUUUGUUGUUCGUGAUCCGGAGGAAAACCAAUGAGAAUUUUAAUUGAUCAAAAGUUGAGAACCCUUGAGAAAUAAUAAAAUCAUAAAGUGAAUUAA